AUGACAGCUCCGACUCGGCUUAUAUCUGCUUUACUAUGGAGAGAUUAUGCAAGAGUAGGGGGUUCAGCUGCUGCAGCAGGAGCAGCAGCAGCAGCAGCAGCAGGAGCAGCAGCAGCAGGAGCCGGAACAGGAGGAACAACAACAGCAACAGCAACAGCAGCAGCAGCAGCAGCAGCAGCAGAUGAACGAGCAGCAGCUGUGUUUACAGAAGAAGAUGUUGAAUAUGCUCUUCAGAGAAUUGAAGUCAUAGACUUUGAAGAAGAAAUAUUAAUAAAAGGCGCAAGAAUUUGCUGCUAUCCAGCAGGACAUGUGCUUGGUGCAUGCAUGUUUUUAGUAGAGGUGAAUGGGAUGAGGUGCCUAUACACCGGAGAUUAUAGCAGAGAAGAAGACAGAUUAACCCCUAUUGCAUGCAUCCCUCCGACCUCUAUUCAUUUACUUAUUACUGAGAGCACGUACGGUGUACGUCUUCAUGAGCCAAGGGUUUUACGCGAGCAAAGAUUGCUGAAAGCUGUAUUAGAUACACUGCAUAGAGGCGGAAAAGCCUUGCUUCCUGUCUUUGCUCUCGGACGAUCGCAUGAAGUAUUAUUAAUUCUCAACGAGUUCUGGACUAAGCAUCCACCGCUGCAUGCAAUACCCAUCUUCUUUCUGUCGCCUCUUGCUGCUAAAAGCUUCGCACUCUUUGAUUCUUUUCUAGACUUGUGCGGCGAAGAACUCAGACUAAAAGCACUCAAAGGAGAACGUCCGUUUGACUUGCGAUAUAUUCGCGUCGUUUGUUCAUUAUCAGAAAUAUCUGCGUAUGUCUUCGGCUCUUCUCCUUGUGUAUUAUUAGCAGCGCCGGGGAUGCUACAAGGAGGAGCUUCUUUAGAAGUGUUUAUCGAUUGGUCUAGCAGCAGAUUAAAUAGCAUAAUAUUUACAGGGUAUACUGUGAAGGGUACGAUAGGAGAUGAAGUUCGUAACGAACAAGAAAUAAUAACAGUAGGAAAUCGAACAGUUCGUAGGCUUUGUGCUGUAUAUACAAUAUCUUUUUCUGCUCAUUCAGACUAUAAUCAGACGCGAGAGUUUAUUCAACGACUUAGAGCUCCUAAUGUUGUUCUUGUGCACGGCGAAAGAAAAGAAAUGAUGCAGUUAAAAGAUAAACUUAUGCUUGAAAACCCUGCCCUUUCUGUCUUUACACCUGAAAUACUUCAAACUGUCGCACUCAACUUUCAUCAUACUAAGCCCGUGCUGCUCAAAGGCACUGCAGCACGUAAACUACUCCUGCAGCAGCAGCAGCAGCAGCAGCAGCAGCAGCAGGGGGAGGGGGACGGGGACGGGGAGAGUGAGGAGGAGCAGCAGCAGCAGCAAGAAGAAACUCAUCAGCAGCUCUUUCAUAAGCAACGCCAAACAAUGCAAACUAAGAACGAAUCAAGCUGCUGUCUCCUCCAGCAGCAGCAGCAGCAGCAGCAGCAGGAUGAAGAUGAAGAUGAAGAAGGAGAGGGAGAUGUAAGCGGAUUAAGCGAAAAAGAAUUAGAUUUGGUGCUGCUGCAGCAAGAGGGACAGCACCCUUUGCUGCUGGCAGCAACAGAGACAGAAGCUCUGGCUGGUGUGGCUUGCUGCUCGCUGCAGCAGCAGAUUGAAGCCCCCUUCCCUCUACCUCUUGCUGAUUUAAUGCAUGCAGCAGCACAACUCUUCGAUGAUGUGCAACCUGCACUCUGUAUAUGCAGCAGCAGCAGCAGCAGCGACGGCAUCAAAAGCCCCUCAACAGCUGCAUAUACACCUGAAGAGUGCUGCAACAGCUGCGGGUUUGUUGUUGCUGCAUGCGUGGCUGUACGGAGAACAGCUAAGGGAGAUGAGUCGCAGCCCCCAAAGUGCAGCGACGAGACUGAUGCCUGCAGCAGCAGCAGCAACAGCAGCAGCAACAGCAGCAGCAGCAGCAGCAGCAGCAUUGAAGUGUGUUGGGAAUCAAGUCCUUCUGCUGACUUGGUUGCGGAUUCUCUUUUGUUUUUGUCUUGUGAUUUGCUGCGGGUUAAACUCAGAAGCAGCAGCGAGCCUACAGCACUCACCAGCAGCAGCAGCAGCAGCAGCAGCAGCGAAAAGGCAGACGCGAAGCAGCAGAUGCAGCUCGUUCAGGUGCUGCAGCAGCACUUAGAAGAACUGUUUGGCCCCGUAAGAAUAUGCAUCAGGCAAAAGGAGAAGCUUGCAGCAGAUGCAAGCAAGCCAGCAGCAGCAGCAGCGGCAGCAGCAGCAGCAGCAGCAGCAGCGGCAGCAGGGCGUGGGGCGUCUGAUUUGGUGUCGCUGGGAGAAGCAGCUGCAGCAAAUGAAGAAACCCUCAGCUUGUGCCUCGUCUUCCGCACUGCAGCGGAGAAGACUCCAGCAGCAGCAGCAGCAGCAACAGCAGCAGCAGCAACAGCAGCAGCGGAUGAGGGCAUGGUGGGAGUUAAGUCAGAGAAGGCAGCAGCAACAGCAGCAGAUUCAGGAGCGCUUGAUAAAGCAACAGAAACAGAUAUAGUAAAAGCAGCAGCAGCAACAGCAGCAGCAGCAGCAGAUGGGUCCGAUGCUGCAGCAAACCAAAGUAGCAGCAAGGAAGGCUGUCUCGCCUCCUCUCCUCCGCAAGAUGAUACAGUUGAAGUCUGUGUAGACAUCACUGAGAGACAGGUCUACUGCAGCGACGCAGCAGUGCAGCAGCGCGUGCGGAGUCUUUUAGCUUCAGCAGAAAAAGGCUUCUUGCCUGUUCUGCUUCCUUG